AUGGACUUUGUCAGAGUAUCUCCGCAAAACAGGCCAUGGCUUGUCCAAUUCAGAUCCUCGGAAUCAUUUACGGUUUUUGUUGUGACGAUUGCAAUUUUAACGGAUAGUUUGAUGUAUAACUUGAUUGUGCCCGUGAUGCCGAAAGCCUUGGUUGUUGACAUUGGAGUGAAAGAGCAACAUGUACAGAAAUGGGUGUCGCUCAUGCAGGGAGCGUAUGGUGGCGCCCUACUCUCAGCCGCUCUUCCUUUGGGAUUUUUUGCCGACAGAUACCACUCUCGAAAGCUUCCAUUCAUCCUCGGACUGCUCGGCCUGGCUCUUUCGACUGGUCUUUUCAUGAUUGCGAAGUCACCAAUCGUGCUGGUAGUUGCCAGAGGACUCCAAGGCCUGUCAGCUGCAACGCCGUUCGUUGUAGGUCUUGCUCUCAUUGCGAACACGGUAGGACCCAACCGUCUUGGGGAGGCCAUGGGCCAUGCUACAGCUGGUAUGACAUUGGGAUCUCUGAUUGGACCAAUCAUUGGUGGUCUUUCAUAUGACAAUUUUGGCUACAAGGGCACAUUUUAUAUUCCAAUUGGACUUAUUUGUCUGGACAUGCUGCUCCGACUCGCUAUCUUAGAACAUUCCGAUGCCACUCACUCAAGCCCGGAACCAACCUCCAGCUCCCUAGACCCCGAAAGCCAGGCCUAUAAUACCUUUCCGGCCUCUUCAUCACAUGCAAACCCAGAAGAAAACACGAGGGCUCCUUUGCUUGCCCAAUCUUUGCCUCAUAAAAGUCUGAACGACGUGUCCAACUUGAGUCCACUGCUGUUUCUCCUCGGUUUGCCUCGUCUCCAGUGUGGAAUAUUUGGAUGCAUUGUUAUUUGCUCAAUCCUGUCAGCUUUGGAAGCGACUCUUCCUUUGUAUGUGAUGGAGAUAUUCCACUGGACAGCCACUCGAAGCGGCCUCAUUUUUCUGCCCAUGACAUUGCCGAGUCUCGGAGGAUCUCUUGUCGGAAAGAUAAUGGACAAGUUCGGUGCCCGGAUUCCUACUGCGAUUGCUUUCUUGACCUCAGCAGUGGCUCUGGGUUGCCUCCGCUUCGUCACGGUGGAUAAUUCUUCGAACCAUUGGUUACUUGUUGGGCUUCUGAUCGUGUUCGGAUUCACUUGCUUGGGUGUCCAAAUAGGUUUGAUGACCGAAAUCUUCCGAGUAAUUUCAGAAACAGAAGAGAGCCAUCCUCAAGUUUUCGGGGGCUCGAGUGCUAUAUCUCAAGGAUACGGUCUCUAUACCAUGGCUAGUGCCGCGGGAUUGCUCAUCGGGCCGCUCCUUGGAGGAUCCCUGAAGAACGCUAUCGGCUGGGGCGGAUUGACCUUGUCUCUAACAAGUGUUUGCACUCUGGCUGCAGUUCUGAUCCUUCGCCUUAACGGUCAGACCAGCCACCGUGAAUGA